CUUGUUUAAAAAGGAAUGACUAAUGAAGCACAACAUACUUCACAUAUAACAAAGUUUCAGCAUUUGCUAAAAUUAUGUAUUAUUUUCUUUUUCUUUUUCUUCAGGUUUGGUUGGGAUGUUCCAGUAAUUUUGAGAAAUUCAGAAGAGACCCUGUUCAACACAAGAGUUUUCAAAAAGCAAAUGAGACAAGUCAAGAAUCCUUUUGGCUUAGAGAUCACUAAUCCAUCUUCAGCUUCAAUUACAACUGGCAUAACUUUGACAACAGAUUGCCUUGAAGAUAGCCUCCUGACAUGCUACUGGGGGUGCAGUGUUCAGAAAUUAUAUGAAGCUCUGCAGAAGCACUUUUACUGCUUCCGAAUAAGCACUCCCCAAGCCCUGGAAGAUGCUCUGUAUAGUGAAUACCUCUAUCAAGAACAGUAUUUUAUUAAAAAGGACAGCAAAGAAGAAAUAUAUUGCCAGUUACCAAGAGAUACUAAAAUUGAAGACUUUGGUACAGUGCCCAGAUCUCGCUAUCCAUUGGUAGCACUGUUGACCCUCGCUGAUGAGGAUGACCGCGAAAUUUACGAUAUUGUAAGUAAUUUUAAAAUUCUGGAAGCAUUCCUUUAAGUGAUUUGGGUGAUGGGUUGUAAUUAUUUGGUGAAUAGAAGAAAUCUUAUUUUAAUGUCUGAGGAUAUACAUUUGGCCCAGACACAUUUUUUCUUGGAAAAGGAAUACCUGGGAAGUACACCUGUGUGAUUAUUAUACAUGUAACAGCUUCUUCAGAGUAUGACUUCUUUCCCAUAUGAGUUACAAGAAUAUGAUAUUAGUUAGAAAACAAAAGGUAUGUUAUAGUUGAAUUAGUUAAUUUUAUCAUUCUGUAUUCUGUCAUGUUUGCUGGAUAUCCUUUGGGAAGCAUUUUAUUCUUAGCAUUUUUAGCACUGAAUGAAUACGCAUUAUAAUCAUCUGAAGUGCUCAGUUUUAAGACCCUCUUUUCUUUACAUGCUUGUUUCCAUCAUAGCCCUUGCAGCACCUACAUCUUCUAUGUGUUUGAUCCCUGUAUUUUCAGUAAUUAUAGUAAUCUCCUUUUCUCAUGAUGUGCUCAUUAUUUCUUUAGUCUGAUAGUUUGUCCCUAUUAGUAAGAUAAAAGCAUCUUAGGGAUCUAAGAGGACCUGAGUCCUGACAUUCCUCUAAGUAUGGUAGAAGCUUAUACAUGAAAUAAACUUUUGGCGAAACUGUUUCAUGGUAAGAAUGCCCUUAUACCCAAUUUCCUACUUUUCUGAAGUGCAUGAUGUCGAUAUGUUUAUUAUAAAGAUAUGGUAACAUUUUCAUGAUACUUCAUAAUAUAUAUAGUACAUUUGCAAACAUUAACUUAUUUAUUCCUUCUAACAACCUUGUGUGUUAGGGCAAAUACUCUUCUUAGAGACUGAAAUGGGAGUCUGAAGAAAACUCCCAGUCAUUCAGGAAGAGAUGGAACCACUAAGCCUCUGUCGUCCUGUAUCAGUACCUUAGGAAAAAAAAAUUUUAAUAGAAUAUCUCCUUGAAACAAGUGUACAUUUUCUUGCAUUUGGAAAGUGCAGACACUUAUUGGGAAAUCUAGACCCUGCUCAUACACAAUCUGGGGUUUUAAUGUUACCAAAUUGAAAUUCCAUUGAGCUAAAGUCAAUUUGUUUUUUCCAAAUAAGUUAUACUAAAAACAGUAUACUUCCAUAACCUAACACAGUCUUGGAACUUAAUAGGUGCUCAAUAAACAUGAUAAGUGAAAAAAACCCCAACAACCCAAAGUCAUACCGAGCAAUGUUAGUGAGCCUCAUAGAGCUUGACAACAAUCUCUUGUUCCCUCCCCCUCCUCCCUUCUUCCCCCUCACCCUGUUCAGUUGAAGAUCAAUAAGUACUGUUAGGUUGAUGUUUCAUAUUUCCAGCCUCUGUUCUUUACCCCACCCACCCCAGCAAGGUAAUCCUCUGUCACCACCAUGUCACCCGUGUCUUCUAAGCUCCCUUCCUUCCUUCCUUUCCUUCAAAACAAAAAGGUCAGAUCUGUCACCUUCCUCCCAUUCUCCCCUUUUGGCUUCUUUCCCCCUCACUGAGGUUGAUCUUAUCUAUUUAAGGUACCCAGAGUCUUCUUUGUUUUCUGACUUUCUUCCUCAGUCUAAACAGAGGGGCACAUGCGUGCACACCUGUGUGUGUAUGUGUGUUAAAAUAUAUAUAACAUAAAAUUUACCAUUUUAACCACUUUCCAGUGUGUAUGUCAAUGGCACUAUAAACAGGGAAAGAUUUGUUCACAGCCCCCGGAUCUGACUGGAAUGAGGACGACAUGGCCCAGCUGUAGUUGUGGCGGGUGCAUUCCCACGGGGGAGCUGGGGUGGCCGGCCCUCAGGGGUUAAUAGGCAUUUUCUCUUUUCCUUUUAAAGUCUCCUUCUCUGGGUCUUUUCUUCUCAUCAGCUGGCGCCCUCCCUUUAUUCCUGUUAAAUCUUUCUUCUCCAUCUCUUAUCACUGAGACUGGGCCUAAGUCGGAAUUAAAGCAUAUUUUUAGCAUGGUUUGUAUUAAUGUUCUCUGUUCUGAAUUUUAAAAGCAAACCGAGCAUUUGGUUUUUCAAUAUUUUCUCUGGGGGUCAGAGUCUAAAUCGGAAGAAAAAAACAUUAAACUCUACCAUUCCUGUUGUAACAGUAAAAAUUACAUUUUGCUAGUGUAGUCAGUUUGUUAUUUUAGGUAGAAGUGGGGGUUGUUACUGCAUUAUUUUGAUUUUGACAUUUUUUUCAUUUUACUCAAUUAUAUUUUCCCUAUUACUCAAGUAAUACAUGUUUGUGGCAGAAAAUAGAAAAUCUAGAUAAGUCAAAAUGAAAAAUACACAAUCACCUAUAUUCUAUCAUCCAAAGUUAACCACUGUGAAUAUUUGUAUCUUUGCAGACCUUUAUAUAUGUAAUUUUUAAACAAAAACAGGAUUGAAUUAUAUGUACUAUUUUGUGACCUAUUUUCAUUUAGUAUAUUUUGAGCAUCUUUUCUAUAUCACAUAUAUAUCUAUAGCUACAUAUAAAUUUAUAUAUGUAGACAUAUACACGUACAUACAUAUUUAUAACUAGCAUGCUAGUAGCUUCCGAAGCUUUUAAUACUAACUUGAAUGGCAGGAUUGUUUGUGUGAGGUGAUAAUAUUACUCUCUUCUACCAGUCCUGUCAUUUUGGUUCAGUAUUACAACCUUCUGAAGCCAUUGCCAAAUUAUUAAAUCUUUAUAGAGCCCUAAAGAGCAUUAUGUUUACAACCAUGGUAGGAUUCUUUCUUUAGACUUUUCAUUUGGACACAAUUUUAGAAACUUGCAAAAAUAGAGAAACAAAAGAACACCCCUAUACCUUUUACCCAGAUCUCAUAUUGUUAAUUGUUGACAUUUUCAUUAUUGGCACUGUUUUUUGCCUGUGUGUGUGUGU